CGCAGCAGUGAGCGCGCCUUCCACCACGAGCGAGAGUUUGCAUUGCCCAAGGAUCGGCUGAUCAGUGGGAUUCUGCGGGCUCGCAAUCGAAUGUUUCUACGAUCUCCGAUCGCCCCACGCGCGAGUGUGAUCCGGACGCCGAUUGUCGAGAGCGAUCUACUACGGUCGCACCAAGUGUGAUCCAAAGUGAGAAGUGUGUCCACGAAAGUGCAGCCCCCUCCCGCCGUCGUACGUCUCCCUCGGCAGGAAUUUGGCACGGGUUCCAAGCGUGAGCCGGUAUCACGGAAUCACGACAGAGCUCGGACAGUCCUGGAAAAGCGAAAUGUAUUUUCGCGAAUGAGAGUAGAACGAAGAUAGACGAAGCGAUUGCCUCUUUUUCCCCGGCGAUUUCUCUCAUCGGACACUCUCGGCCGACUACCUGAAAUCUCGUCGUAUCGAUCACCGAGAGGGAGAACCCGUCGAUCGAUCCGUCGAGUGAAGACCGAAGAGCGCGAACGUUCCUCUCUCUCUCUCUCUCUCUCUCUCUCUUUCCCGACAUUGACCAGUAUUUUCCGCCUGAACGUACCCGCCAUCCCGGGAACAUCCGCCCGCACGAUUAUUAUUAUUCCAGGAGAGAACGAGAGCGGCGCACCGUGAACUUCUCUCGCGGCGGUCGCAGGAAGGAAGAAAAACCGCGCGACGCGCAGAGAAAAGAGAGAAAGAGAGAGAGAGAGAGAGAAAGAGAGGGUGGGCGGUAAUAAUAACGAUAUACCAAAGUGCAAUGGGAAAUGCUUCCGUUCGCACGGCACAACGAUGAUAACUCCUGACACCCCCGUGUAACGUUCGACGCGCUUAUUGCGCGCGAUACAGCGAACAAAGUUGCCACCUAACUUAUCGAUUUUUUCCGUCCCACGCUCUCGAAAACAUCAUUACGUCAUUAUUGCCGAGCGAUGACGGAGGAGACGAGCGCGCGCGCGGACCGGCCGCGCGUGUGAAACUUAGUGGUGUAUGAAGUGAAUAGCCAAUAGACUAUGCAAGGAUGUACAAUUACCCGAUCGAGUAACCCCAUUAGACGGCGUUGAGGUUUGCAUACAUAAAUAACACGCGUAAUCGCGCGCGGAGCCUUUAAGGAGUUGUGCGACUUACUUAUAAUCCUCAGUUUUACGUCGGGACUCCACGAGCGAGCUGUGUGCUCUCUCGCGUGCUCCGUGAACUGCACUUAAGUCUCCUCUCGAGGCGCAGUUCGAGCCUCCCCCUGUGGCGCCGCCGUCCCCGCACACACCCGCCGCGUUCCCUCGUUCGUUACCCGUUAAAAGUGUAUAUCGGGCGUUUUAUCGGAGGUCACUGUGGAAAAUCGGCUCGGCGGAGGAGGAAGAGAAGGAGGAGAGGGGAUUCACCGGGAUCGAAUCGAUGCGACGGAUCCUCGUCCACCACUUAUGACGAGAUGCGCCCGUUAGAUAGCAGAUUUCGGACCUGACGGAUAUCUCCGAGGAUUCGUCUCAUUGAAAGUUAUAUCAGCCGCGUCGGUUUCCUCCCCGCCCAACCCCACCCCAACCUGUCCCUCACCUCACUUCGCUUCUACCCCUGGCUUAAGUACGGGACUUAAGGAGGACGAUAUCCGAACGAAGGGGAUGGGAAGCACGGAAUCGCUUACAAUGGAGAGGAUGCUUUUGCUGAUGAGCUUGCUGGCCCGGUUCGUCGUAGCGGAAGUUUUGCUCGGCAAUGUCGACGAGCCACUGCCUAUAUUAGACGUUAGCGCGGUGGCCGGUUUCAAAGCUCAGAUACCCUGCGACAUCGAUCCGCCGAGUAAAGACGAGACGGUCACCAUGGUAUUUUGGUACAAAGACGAAAAGGACGGCGAACCGAUAUACAGCAUGGACGCUCGGGGGAGGCAGAUAACUCAGGCGAAGCUUUGGUCGGAUCCGUACGUGUUCGGUGAAAGGGCGGUUAUGAGGACGAACGUAAAGCCCACCGAGCUUGAGAUAGAUCCUUUGGAGUCCACCGACGGCGGCGUGUACAGAUGCAGGGUGGAUUUUAAGAACAGCCCGACGAAGAAUCAGAGAAUUAAUCUCGUAGUCAUAGUGCCGCCGAAAAAGCCGGUGAUAUAUGCCGACGCCAGCAGGAGUUCGGCUAAAACGCUGCAGCCGUUUAACGAGGGUAGCGAGAUGUCCCUGUUGUGCGAAGUGCUCGGAGGGUCGCCUCCGCCAAAGGUCGCGUGGUACUUCAAGGGCGAAAUGGUGGACGACACGUACACGCAGGAGCACGACGAUAUAACAUUAAAUCGACUGGAUAUCUCCAAGGUCACCAGGGACUUCCUGAGCGCCCGGCUAAUUUGCAAGGCGAACAAUACGCAGCUUAUGACGCCCCUCUUCUCCGAGAUCGUUCUGGAUGUGAACCUGAAACCGUUGGUGGUCAACAUCACGAACAAGCAAGCGCACUUAUCGGCGUUAAGAACGUACGAGAUCGAGUGUCUGAGCUCGGGUUCCAAGCCGGAGGCGGUGAUCACCUGGUGGAAAGGCACGCAUCAAGUGAAACACAUGGCCAGAAAUUUCGCAGACAGUCCGAACGUCACGAGGAGUGUGCUGAGCUACGUGCCGACGAUCGAGGACGACGGGAAAUUUCUUACGUGCAGGGCGGAGAAUCCCGUGGUGGCCAACAGCGCAUUGGAGGACAAAUGGCACUUGCUGGUGUACUACGCUCCGGUGGUGAGCAUUAAGUUGGGUUCCAGUUUGAAGGCGAACGAUAUAAACGAGGGCGACGACGUCUACUUCGAGUGCGAGGUCCGCGCCAAUCCCAGGUCGUACAAGCUUCUCUGGUUCAAAGACGGCAAGGAGCUGCAUCAGAACGCCACCGCCGGGAUCAUUCUUCCCGGCGGGCAAUCGCUGGUGUUGCAGAGCGUGACGAAAGCUUCCGCCGGGGAGUACUCCUGUAUGGCGGCGAACGUGGAAGGGAAAUCGACCAGCAGACCCGUGACCCUCGAGGUGAUGUACGCACCGAUCUGCAAGGACGGCUCUUCCACCCAAGUGGUCGGCGCCCUGAAGCACGAAACGAUCUCGCUGGUCUGCGGCGUACAGUCGAAACCGCCGCCCACGACCUUCCACUGGACCUUCAACAACUCCGGCGAGCUGAUGAGCGUGCCGGCCACCAGAUUCGCGCAGGUCAAGCCGCUCAGCCUGAUCACGACCCACUGGCACGGCUCCAGACUGAAUUACACGCCGGCGAACGACAUGGACUACGGCACGGUCGCAUGCCGGGCGAGAAAUCGGAUAGGGGUGCAGAGGACGCCCUGUUUCUUUCAGAUCAUCGUCGCCGGGAAACCCUAUCCCCUGCAGAACUGCACCGCCCUCCAGUCAACCGGACCCUACGCGUAUCGAAUGGGUCACGAAGACUUUAAAGCCACCGACUCGAGGGACGCGGACUGCUUGAUCGUCAGGUGCUCCGAGGGAUUCGACGGUGGUUUGCCCUUGACUAAUUACGAACUCGAGGUCUACAGCGAAGAGAACGUUUAUCAUGUCAAUACCAUCUACCUGAACCACACCGAUAGAUCCGGUUCAUCCGGCCCGGUCUUCGAGGUUCCCGGCUUAGAACCCGGACGGAAUUAUAGACUUCAUCUUUACGCCGUCAAUGCCAAGGGUCGCAGCGACCCCGUUGUCCUGGAACCGGUCACGCUCAAGGGAGUGGCGAUGUACACCACUGGUCGCGGGAUUUCCGACGAGACGACCGAUUAUAGCCUCCUGGUGGCGUGCUUCGCCGGCGGUGUAACCGCUAUUUGCAUUCUGAUCGUCGGGAUAACGCUGACCCUGUACCGUCGCAACCAUCCGACGCAGUCGGUGAAGGUGCAGGCGGAGCUGGUGCAAUACGAGAGCAAGGAGGACCACCAUCGGGCGGUCGCGCCGCCGCCGGCGGGGACGGCGGCGACGGCUACGGCGACGAACGAGACUCAGCGGGACGACCUGAAGGAGCAGAUAAACGCGGAAUUGCCGGACGACGAUCCGGACGUGAUACCGAGCAAGGUCGAGAAACGGCCGGACAUCUUCGAGCCGGGCUACGCGGCCAACAAGCCCGAGCGGUCGAAAGACUUCAGGUAUCUCGAGGACCUCGAUUACCCGUCGCCCUCGUCGGUGCUUCACGCCAAGGACUCCUGGAUCUAUCCGAACGGCUACGUGGAGAAGAGUGAGAAGAGCCUGAGCCCGAUUCGACCGAGCACACUGCCGGUGCACCGCACUCACGAUAUUUACACGAGGAGUUUGCGCGUACAGGAGAGUUGUAUAUAAAACGGGAGGGGAGCGCACGACGAGAUCUCCCCUCCGGAUCCCACGCCAAAAACCGUCGUAGCCGCGAUUAAACGACGCCUGUAAAUAGACAAUAAAUACCGUUAAGGACCCACCAUCCUUCCGAGCCCCCUUUCCGACUCGUCGAUAUUCCUAUUCUUGUUUUUCACCUAGGAUAAGAUCAAGUAGCCGGUAGCUUCGUACUCGAGGAGAGAAUACGUGAUCAUUCCGGGGAGCGUCGUGAGGGACGACCUGCCACCCUUGUCGAUCGAGACAGUCGUCAUCGGGCGCGAUUUAUGCGCGUGUACAGAGACAAUAAUUUCCGCCGUUAAGAUCUCCGUCACCUCUCUCCCACAUUGGAACACUUUCCCCCCCUUCUUUCCUCCUUUCCUUCCUUCCUUCUAUCCACCCGUCAACUAUCCGCGAAUGUCUGGGAGAGCGUACAUGUUUUGUCUACGGAUGUUCUAUCGUGCUUCGUGGUUAAUUAAAUGGUCAAAUGAAUAUGUAAACGUUUGUAUAUAUGAAUAAUAAAUCUUGUUGUUUAAUA